AGUAUCUAAUUCCAUUGCCAGCAUUGCGCAUUCGGGUACUCCCAAAGUCCGAUUAACCCACCACUCCCAUAUUACGCGUCCUCGGCAACGCCCUGCUCACGCUGGAGCUGUCCAUCGUUAGCUGCUCACCGCUCGUCCUUCUAUGAGUCCCACACUGCUCCUCACAUACCUGCCCCUCGUAGCCCUGCCGCUGAGCUUUCCCUCGUGUCAUGCCUUCCUUCCUCAGCAGCUUCCGGAGCAAGUCCAGGUCGAGCAUCAAAACAGAGCAGUCGGCAACUAACCUAAAUCCUCCCUAUGUGAAUGGCAAUGGCCACGCCAAUGGCAUUCCCACUGGCAUGGCAAACGGAACUGGCACCAUGUCCCGCCGCAAAUCCUCCUCAACUCUAAACUCCUCUGCCCAAGGAUCCUCCACCCCGCCAACGUCGGAAGAUUUCUCAGUGCAAUCAAGGCCUCUCAAGAGCGGGACGCCGUCGCUCCCCUCGCGACCAACCCGGCCCACUCUAGGUAUUAAAUCGUCAAAGCGGUAUAGCAUGAAUGGUUUGGCCUCCGCUGGCACCAAUGGCUCCCAGACUUCGGUUAACCCGUCCUCAUUACUAGCUCCUCGCGUUCUCUCUGUGUCUGAAGGAUCAUGGGUACACCAGCAGGUUCUGUUGAUAUUUGGCCAGGUUGGCGAAUCCGCCAGUAGGCCGCUGGACGGCAUGGUAACGGUCAACCAUCAUCAAGGUCGCUUCCCACCUAUGGCAUGGCCGGUAUGCGACUCUUACUUCAAAGCUCUUGUCCAUCUUGAGCCAGGGUGGAACUGCGUGCGGCUAGAUUUCUCCUCCCCAAAAGUGUCAUCGAACAGUACUUCUAUUCCUGCCCAUGCUUCCUUCUUAAAUGUCAACUAUCUUCCUCUCACCCAGAAUCCGCCUCUUCAACUGGCAAUCAUCCUCGGCAGCGACUCUUCAGGAACCUACGAUGCUAUGCCAGACCGCUUGCAGCGAGAAGGGAAUGGGCUGGAGCUUGCGAUGAAGAAGUUCCGAAUGUCUGCAUAUCUCUGGCAAGCCUUCACUGGCGAGCAAAUGAAUCGCCAUGGCUUCGGUCGACGGUGCUUUCGUUUCGAGGACGAAUGGGCACCGGGAACUCUUAGCUACCAAGACUGGGCCACUGGUGAAUUCAGGACCCAAGCGAAGAUCCACAUUAUCCGGUCAAAGAAAACUGUUGCUGAGAUCAGAGAUCUUGACCUCGCCCAGCAAAACGAAAAAGCAACGAAGAAAGGUGACCUAUUUGGCAUUGCUGCGGAGGCAGUUAAGGAUUAUUUCAACGUUAAACCAGGACAGAAGCAGUACGUAUCCUGCCUGUUCUUGGAUACUCACUGGGACGCAAAGGUCAAGACUGUGCGGGGGCAUGCGGCCCUAGGCGGCGGGGACGGAAAUCUCCAGCUUGCAAUCUUCGGAUCCCAUGCUCUCCAAAGCUACCCAUCGAGCAUCGAAGAAGUGUGGCAAGCUUUCGGCGAUUGCACGCGCACUGACACUACAUUCGUCGCCAAUGAUUGUAAUGAGUCGGGAAGUAGCUGGGAGGCAGCGAAUAUCGGUAUCGGUGCACAUCUACAUGAAACAGGGCACCUCUUUGGCUGCCCGCACCAAGAGUCUGGUGUCAUGUUACGUGACUACGUUAGAUUGAAUCGCACGUUUACCUCUCGCGAACCCUACUCGACUCGUACCAAGUCCCCCGGCCAACGACUCGUUCUACAGCACGAUGAAUGCGCCUGGCAUAGGCUCGAUACUCUACGCUUUCGUUUCCACCCUUGCUUCAGAAUCACGAUUGAUAAGUCGAUUAAUGGGGACGGAAGCGUACAAGUGUGGACGGUUGACGACAAUCAGGGCGGUGUUAUCGCGACCUCCGCUUCUGGCAUUGCUUGGGUCGAGCUUUUCACUGAAGGGGACGAUAUCUGCCACUUCUGGCGCGAGUGGCCGGAAAUGAACAAUGUGUACCCACGGCAGGCCGCUCUCAUAGAAUCUGAGCUACGCAGUCUUCUUCCCAAGGAGAAGCGCAACUCGCGGCUAAAACUUGAAGUCUUCUCAGCGGGCGGUGGGAAGCAUGUAGUCGAAGAUUUCAGCCAGCUUGCAAACACGAAGUAUUCACGGGUGCGCAUUCCAGACGGUCGGUGGGGCUACCGCGGGAGCAAGCUAGGCUACUCGCAAAUGCAAGGUUCUGAACCGCAGGAAGUCAUAUUGGAGAGUGCUUACAUCCAGACGAAACUUCUCGUUUCCAUUCGAGUAUAUCAUGGACUUGCGUUAGACGGCAUCGAAUUCAUCUACGAAGACUCGACCAGCCAAUUAUUUGGCAAGCGAGGCGGCAAGACCGGCGGAUCCGAAUUUGCCCUAGACACGCGAAGAGGCGAGCUCUUGAUGGGCUUUGGGCUUCGAGCUGGUCUAUGGAUUGACGGACUACAGAUAUUGACGAGCUUGGGACGAAAGAGCGAAUGGUUCGGAAAACCUAAUGGGGGUAGCGGGCACACCCUCAUACCACCUCGUGGGUACACCAUUGGCGGCAUCUCGGGUUCAUGUGCUCAAUGGGUCGACGGUUUCUCGUUGAUCAUCACACGAUAAGACUCUUUACUCCUCAAACACCACCACAUCACUCCAUGCUUCCGGUUCUCCAGCGCUCCAACGGCAAGGCGCUCUUUCACCUGCACAUGAUUAUCUAAAACUUUCCAACCCAGCAUAGUUCCUGCACUCAGUACCUGCCUGCUCGCGGGCUGCUACCUGACAUCCCAUCCGCCUAAUAUCCCGAA